AUGCACAAGUACCAAUCCCCUCCACGAAGCAGGAGACCAUCCCCCUCAACCACCGUCGAGUUGAAAUCGUCAUUCGUCUGCGCUGGGCCCUGGGCCUGGGCCUGGGUUGCUAAUUGCGCCGCCGCAGCAUCAAUCUCCCCCCCGCGUGUGUUGCGUCCCACGUCAAUGCCGUCUCGACGAGACGUCGACCCAACUGUCCCCGCGGUACUCGGGGGCACAGCGUUGCGGGCCUCCAAAUGGGACCGCGUCCUGGCGGAGGUCAUUGAAAAUGCCGAUAUUCUCAGCGUCGAGCAUAAGUUGGCUCCGCUUCUAGCUCUCCUCUGGGUCUAUGACCAUCUCCUCUCGAAGAAAGGCAUUGCAGCGCCGGCGGCUUCUCGAUUCGUCAAGCGGUGGAGCGGCAUAAAGAACCUGCUCAAGGCCGCGGUGCUGAAGAAACGCGAGCAGAUGGGACAUCCCAUUUCGUUUAUCCGCCUGGAUUACGGGCGUGUAGAUUCGCUUGCUGCACUCCCCUUGGCAGAGGAUGAUCCGACGAAGCGGAAGUUGUUGUACAUGGAUCCUAAUAUCCCCGAUCUUGUGGCGGAUAAGGCGUCGUGCUUCCCCGCAUAUCUCUUGUUAGGUGAUCGCGGGCCCAAGGAUGCCUGGCAGGGGGACUUGGUGGAUGGUUGUGCUGCUCCGGGAAACAAGACUACCCACUGGCAUCGUUACUCGCCAAACGGCAAAAGCAGCAAAAUCCUCAGGAAACAGAUAUUUUCUAUGGAUGCGUCUAAAGGCCAGGACUUUCUGGCCUUGGACCCUAUGGAUUCACAGUUUGAGAAUGUAUCUGUUCCUCAACCUAGAAGUGGUCCAGGUCUUCCGAGCCCAACGGGCAAGAGAGCAACGGCACCGGGGGAUCAUGAUGAGCCCGAGGAGUCAUCAUCAAACGUGACGUUGGGAGAGCCGAGUGCCGCCCCCUCGGAUGAGAAUGAUAUCCCAAGUGGCCCAAUUGACAAUGAUCGACUCCUGAAAGUUGUCGAAUCUGCAGGCGCGCAUCAGAGCGUGGUUGGCGACUGUUACGACGCGACGAGCAGCCAGAGGGCUUACGCCGGUGGAAGCAUCGUGGCGUGCGUCGUGAUCGAGACAUGGAGACCGGCGUGGAGUCGGAGGAGGAGCGAAUCGGUUGCCGCACUUUCCGAGGAGGACCUCGAGGCUUGCCUGCGCUGUUGGUCCGGCGAUGCUGAAGGGUUGGGAGGAUUCUUUGUUGCUGGGUUUGUACGUGACUCGGAAGGCGUUGGUACAGAACCUGUCAAGAAGUCCCACGAUGAUCAUGUUGCAGACGGUAAUCCCGAAGAUGAUGCCGCUGAUGACAGCGAUGAGGAUGAAGAGUGGGAUGGCUUUUCCGAUUAG